AUGGAACCUGUAGUUAACUGGAAUCCGCGAGAAGUGUCCAUUUGGCUGGAUAAAAAGGGUCAUAGUAAAUAUUCUCGAAUACUUACUGAAGAUCAUUGCAUCGAUGGCCGUGCUCUUUUACUCAUUAAUGAAGCUGACUUAAAAAGUCCACCUAUAAGUAUAAAUGUCUUAGGGGACAUAAAAAGAUUAAUGUUGGAUAUUCGUCAGUUAAAAGUAGAAAAUCGACAGACACUUUUGCAACUUGGAUUUGAUCCUAUAUCGCUACUUACAAAACCUGUAUGUAGUGCACAUGUUUAUGGAACUCAAUUCCGACCAGAUCCAUUUAAUUUUUAUGAUGACAUUCAUAUGAACCAUGGAUCUGAUGUAACCGCCACGUCUUCCCAUAGUUCAGAAUUUGAAGAAGAAAGACGAUUAAAACCAGAGAUAUGGAAAGCUCUCAUUGCGAUGGGCUACCUGUUCACAGUCACUUGGAUCACGGCGUUCGUCAUGGUGAUCGUCCAUGAUCGCGUGCCUGACAUGAAGAAAUAUCCUCCUUUGCCGGACAUAUUCUUGGACAACGUGCCUUACAUCCCUUGGGCGUUUCACAUGUGUGAACUGACGGGCACCGUGUUGUGUUUCGUGUGGCUCGCCGUACUGGUCUUCCAUAAGCACCGUUUUAUAUUACUGAGGCGGUUUUUCGCUCUAUCUGGCACAGUCUUCCUGUUACGGUGCAUCACAAUGAUCAUAACUUCCUUGUCCGUGCCGGGCACGCAUUUAGAAUGCACGCCCCGAAAGAAGCCAGCGUAUUUGGAUGAUGGAAAUUUUCUGGGAGAAAUGGUAUACAAGAUGCAACAAGCGUAUGUGAUAUGGAGAGGGGCUGGCAUGUCUAUACAAGGGGUUCGCACUUGUGGCGACUAUAUGUUCAGUGGACAUACAGUGGCAUUAACCAUGUUAAACUUUUCAUCACUGAAUACACUCCACGUGACAUAUAUUUGUUACAUACGUUCAGUUGGCUCUUAA